UAUAGGCCGCUGACCAGAUGUGGAAGGGGAAAGGGGGAGCUUUGCUAUGGAUGUGGGGGCUGAGGCCGACAGGGGUCCCCGGAAAGAGAAUGCUAAGCUACGAUGCUGCAAUGCAGGCAAGAAACAAUUCACCCCGAUGUUGGAACUGUGGCAGCCCUGGGGGCCCUGGACGAGGGGACAGGUUCUUCUGCCCGCAGUGCCGCGCCCUGCAGCCGCCUGACCCCAGUCGAGAUUACUUCAGCCUCAUGGAUUGCAACCGUUCCUUCAGAGUUGACACCACAAAACUUCAGCACAGGUAUCAGCAACUACAGCGUCUUGUCCAUCCAGAUUUCUUCAGCCAGAGGUCCCAGACUGAAAAGAACUUCUCAGAGAAGCAUUCGACCCUGGUGAAUGAUGCCUAUAAGACCCUUCUGGCCCCCCUGAGCCGGGGACUGUACCUUGUAAGCUAAAGCUACGUGGAGUACAGAUUUCUGAAGGAACAGAUGAUGAAAUGGACAGGCAG